CUCGGCGGCCCGGAACCGGUCUUGGAACGGCGGCGGAGCCUGAGGCCGCUUGCCCUCCCGCCCCAUGGAGCGGCCCCCGGGGCUGCGGCCGGGCGCGGGCGGGCCCUGGGAGAUGCGGGAGCGGCUUGGCACCGGAGGAUUCGGAAAUGUCUGUCUGUACCAGCAUCGGGAACUUGAACUCAAAAUAGCAAUUAAGUCUUGUCGCCUGGAGUUAAGUACCAAAAAUAGAGAACGAUGGUGCCACGAAAUCCAGAUCAUGAAGAAGUUGAACCAUGCCAAUGUUGUAAAGGCCUGUGAUGUUCCUGAGGAACUGAAUUUUUUGAUUAAUGAUGUACCUCUUCUGGCAAUGGAAUACUGUUCUGGAGGAGAUCUCCGGAAGCUACUCAACAAACCAGAAAAUUGUUGUGGACUUAAAGAAAGCCAGAUACUUUCUUUGCUGAGUGAUAUAGGAUCUGGGAUUCGAUAUUUGCAUGAAAAUAAAAUUAUACAUCGAGAUCUAAAACCUGAAAAUAUAGUUCUACAGGAUGUUGGUGGAAAGAUAAUGCAUAAAAUAAUUGAUCUGGGAUAUGCCAAAGAUGUUGAUCAAGGAAGUCUCUGUACAUCUUUUGUGGGAACACUGCAGUAUCUGGCCCCAGAGCUCUUUGAGAAUAAGCCUUACACAGCUACUGUUGAUUAUUGGAGCUUUGGGACCAUGGUAUUUGAAUGUAUUGCCGGAUAUAGACCUUUUUUACAUCAUCUGCAGCCAUUUACCUGGCAUGAGAAGAUUAAGAAGAAGGAUCCUAAGUGUAUAUUUGCGUGUGAAGAGAUGACAGGAGAAGUUCGGUUUAGUAGCCAUUUACCUCAACCAAAUAGCCUUUGUAGUUUAAUAGUAGAACCCAUGGAAAACUGGCUACAGCUGAUGCUGAAUUGGGACCCACAGCAAAGAGGGGGCCCUGUUGACCCUACUUUGAAGCAGCCAAGAUGCUUUGUAUUAAUGGAUCACAUUCUGAAUUUAAAGAUAGUGCACAUCCUAAAUAUGACUUCUGCAAAGAUAAUUUCUUUUCUGUUACCAUCUGAUGAAAGUCUUCAUUCACUACAGUCUCGUAUUGAGCGUGAAACUGGAAUAAAUACUGGUUCUCAAGAACUGCUUUCAGAGACAGGAAUUUCUCUGGAUCCUCGGAAACCAGCCUCUCAGUGUGUUCUAGAUGGAGUUAGAGGCUGUGAUAGUUACAUGGUUUACUUGUUUGAUAAAAGCAAGACUGUAUAUGAAGGGCCAUUUGCUUCCAGAAGUUUAUCUGAUUGUGUAAAUUAUAUUGUACAAGACAGCAAAAUACAGCUUCCAAUUGUACAGUUACGUAAAGUAUGGGCUGAGGCAGUACACUACGUGUCUGGACUAAAAGAAGACUACAGCAGGCUGUUUCAGGGACAAAGAGCAGCAAUGUUAAGUCUUCUUAGAUAUAAUGCUAACUUGACAAAAAUGAAGAAUACUUUGAUAUCAGCAUCACAGCAACUGAAAGCUAAACUGGAGUUUUUUCACAAAAGCAUUCAACUUGACUUGGAGAGAUACAGUGAACAAAUGACUUAUGGGAUAUCUUCAGAAAAAAUGCUAAAAGCAUGGAAAGAAAUGGAAGAAAAGGCCAUCCGCUAUGCUGAGGUUGGUGUCAUUGGAUACCUAGAGGAUCAGAUUAUGUCUUUACACACUGAAAUCAUGGAACUACAGAAGAGCCCUUAUGGAAGACGUCAGGGAGACUUGAUGGAAUCUCUGGAGCAACGUGCCAUUGAUCUUUAUAAGCAGUUAAAGCACAGACCUGCAGAUCAUUCCUACAGUGACAGCACAGAGAUGGUGAAGAUCAUUGUGCAUACUGUACAGAGUCAGGACCGUGUUCUCAAGGAGCUGUUUGGUCAUCUGAGCAAGUUGUUGGGCUGUAAGCAGAAGAUUAUUGAUCUACUCCCCAAAGUGGAAAUCGCCCUCAGUAACAUCAAAGAAGCUGACAAUACUGUCAUGUUUAUGCAGGGAAAGAGGCAGAAAGAAAUAUGGCAUCUCCUUAAAAUUGCCUGUACACAGAGUUCUGCCCGCUCCCUUGUGGGGUCCAGUCUAGAAGGUGCAGUAACCCCUCACGCAUCAGCAUGGCUACCCCCGACCUUAGCAGAAUGUGAACACCCUCUGUCAUGCGUGGUAACUCCUCAAGAUGGGGAAACUUUACCACAAAUGAUAGAAGAAAAUUUGAACUGUCUCGGCCAUUUAAGUACUAUUAUUCGUGAAGCAAAUGAGGAACAGGGCAGUAGCAUGAUGAAUCUUGAUUGGAGUUGGUUAGCAGAAUGACUUGCCUCUUGUUCAUUGUCCUCAAACUUAUGGAAGUUGUUGACCAUGUAUUGGAAAUCUGUUUUUCCUCCAUGAAACUAUUCUUCACACACCAGUCAAUGGAAGAAAUGGCUAUGGACAAAAACUACGCAUGAUUUUACAAGCACAGUAUCUUGAUUUUGAGUAGUUUAAAUCUCUGAACAGAUAGGAUUUUAUAACAAAAACAAUGGACUUGUGACUCAAUUGUAUUCAAACUUCAUGAAACAUUACUUACUUAACUGACAUAAAAUACCUUCUAAAGCUUUAACUUUUAGGUAUAAGACCAAACAGCGUAUUUUAUACAAAGAAGAAACCAUCACCUUAAUUCAUUUUAAAUAAAAGUUGUCUACCUGUGUUUGUGUGGAAGAGACUGCUCACAAGUACUUCUUGAAGAAUAAACCCUACCUCCUUGUGUUGCACUUAGCAAGUGCUCUUCCUAGCAUCAUGAGGAGGUGGCUUAAUUCCAUUUUUAAUUUUACUGUACAUUUAAUAACCCCUUCUCACUGAAGGGAUUGUGCUCUUGUGCCUUUUAGACCAGUUGACUUAUAAGUCAUGUUAUAUGCUGUAUGUAUAUGUAUUUAAGAUGUACAUUUAAUAAUAUCAGAAAGAAGAUGCCUGUUAAUUUAUAAUGUAUUUGAAAGGUUACAUGUUUUUUCAUUUGUAAAAAUGAGUAAUUUGUUUGAACAAUCUUUCAUGUCUUGUCAUACAAGAGGUCUGCAUUCCCUUAUCUGCAAUUGUAACUUCAAAAUCCAAGAAGUUCUGAAAACAAGAUUUUCAUAAGCUUAGUGACAAAUUCAUUUGCUUCCAAAUGAAAUCUGAACUGACAUUGAAUCUGCUUAUCCCAUUAAGUGUGAAUAUUCAUUUAUUUUGUUGCAGAAAUAUUAAUUAAUGAUUAUUGGGUUGGUGCUGCUGCCACAAACUCUUUUGAGGGUUGAUGUAGUAUGGUAUGUGCACUAAAUUAAUUACCUUUCUAAAAUCUGAAAAUUUAAUAAUUCUGAAAUAUCUGGCCCCAAGGGUUUCAGAUAAAGGAUUGUGGAUCUCUAUUUUGUUAAAUAAUUUAGAAGGUAUUAUUUGUUUAA